GUCGACGGGUGUUGUGAAAGCACUCAUAGCAGAGCUGAUUAUAAAUACCAAUAAUUCCUACGAUCUACGGUUUCUCCAAUUCCAGAAUCUGAAAAAAACAGAAAAAGGGGAAGGGAGGAGGAUCGAAUUUUGCAGAGACAUUUUUCUAUCCUCAUCUCCCUUCCAUCUGAGACGAUCUAGGGUUUCGCGAUGGCUUCCAAGCGGAUCUUGAAAGAACUCAAGGAUCUCCAAAAAGAUCCUCCUACAUCUUGCAGCGCAGGCCCUGUUGCAGAAGACAUGUUUCAUUGGCAAGCAACCAUCAUGGGUCCACCGGACAGUCCUUAUGCAGGGGGUGUCUUUUUAGUAACUAUUCAUUUUCCUCCUGAUUAUCCAUUUAAACCACCCAAGGUUGCUUUCAGGACGAAGGUUUUCCAUCCAAAUAUCAACAGCAAUGGCAGCAUUUGCCUUGACAUCUUGAAGGAGCAGUGGAGCCCUGCCUUAACCAUUUCUAAGGUGUUGCUCUCGAUCUGCUCCCUGUUGACGGAUCCGAACCCUGAUGACCCUUUGGUGCCUGAGAUUGCUCACAUGUACAAGACAGACAGGAGCAAGUAUGAGACAACUGCAAGGAGCUGGACUCAGAAGUAUGCAAUGGGUUAGUUGGUGCUUGUCUGGGGAGGGUGGGUGGUGGUGUGAAGGGCUACAUUCAUUUCGUGCUGUGGCUUUGGUCUAUCGGUAUUCCUGUAUGACUGAAGUUUGAUGUGUCUCUUCACUCCUAAACUACUAGACCUAAAGAGAAAGGUUCAAACUUUGCCCUCCAUUGAGAAAACUAAUGGUACUUCCAAUUGUUUGUAUGGGAAUUUGAUCUUUGGACUAAAAGAAAUUGCCUGUUUCUUAAAUAUAUUGUCUGGCUGUCACUGAUCCUCUUUAUUCCCUGUAAAUGAUCCCAAAGGUGGUAUGUAAAUAAUGACCCAAGAGGUAUUCAGGAGAUGAUUGGAAUUUGGGUUUUA